AGGCUCCGCGUCUUUUGGGCGACAAGGCGACCUCAGACGGCGGGCCGCGUCGGCCGGGCAUGGCGGCGUGGAGCCCGGCCGCGGCAGCGUCUCUGCUCCGCGGGACCCGCCGGCUUCCUCUUCUCCACUGUGCCCAGCGUAUGUUUGCCUCGCAGACUGAGGGGGAGCUCAAAGUGACCCAAAUUCUCAAAGAAAAGUUUCCUCGAGCUACAGCUAUCAAAGUCACUGACAUUUCAGGAGGCUGUGGGGCAAUGUAUGAAAUUCAAAUCGAAUCGGAAGAAUUUAAGGAGAAGAGAACUGUCCAGCAGCACCAGAUGGUAAAUCAGGCACUAAAAGAAGAAAUCAAAGGUAUGCACGGAUUGCGGAUAUUUACCUCUGUCCCCAAACACUGACCACGCCCUGGCUGCGUAGAUGUUGCUGCUGAAACCUUGGAUGUAUCUUAUUGCCACCAUUCUUUCCUAGGCAUAUGACAAAAAAUUUAUCUAUUUUGUUCAUGGACAUUUCCAUAUUUUAAUUAUAGAAGAAUAUGGUAUCUAUUUAGAUGUUAAUUAAAGGCAACAGACAACUAAAAAUUUUUUCAUUACAAAAAUAUUUAAUCCUGCUCAGUGCUAGGCAACAUUCUUCUUUUUUUUUUUUUAAUAUUUAUUUAUUUAUUUGUGCUGGGUCUUAGUUGCAGCAGGGGGGCUCCUUAGUUGCGGCUCACCAGCUCCUUAGUUGCAGCACGUGGGCUCCUUAGUUGCAGCUUGAGGGCUCCUUAGUUGUGGCAUGCGAACUCUUAGUUGUGGUAUGCAUGUGGGAUCUAGUUCCCCAACCAGGGAUUGAACCCGGGCCCCCUGCAUUGGGAGCGAGGAGUCUUAUCCACUGCGCCACCAGGGAAGUCCUGGCAACAUUCUUAAUAUGGGGAUAAUGUAAUUAAUAAGCAGACCAAGAAAGACUAUAUGAAAUUUUUGAAGAGUCAUGAGUAAUGCUUUUAGUUCCUUUAUUUCAGAAGCAUGUCCUUUUGUUCAAAGUGGUCUUGUCUUUGAACAGUUCUGUCCUGAUGCUAGAGGCAGAAUGGGGUGCCAGCUUCCUUGUCUUGUCAAGAAACUUUGUUUCUUCUCCUCUGUGAAACUGCUCAGGUCCCUUAAUUUUACCAAAAAGAAAAGAAAAGACCCUUUGGUUUUGCUCUUCCCUUAGUUCACCACUCUGUUUCCCUUUCCCUCCAAACUUCUUACAAGAAUGAUCUUGGACCCUCAAGUUUCUUACUUCCUGGAGUGAACUCUGAGGAGUGUGGGCUGCCUGGAUCAGGGUCUUCUUCACGUUUGAAGAUCCCCCACCCUUUGCAUGUUGGUGGGAGGUUGAGCCCACCUCCAGUGUCAGAAGCUGAAAAGGCUUCCUUUCCUAGCUCCUUGGCAAACAAGGCACAGGCAGAUGAUCUAGACUCAGCCAGAUGGAUCUGCCUUGAACUUUGCAUUGGGAGCAAGUGACGCUGAGAAGCGGGGCAGUGGCGUGUCCAUUUUGGUAGCUGUGGCAGCAAUGUCCAGUGUUCUGGGAGGUGUCAGUGUUAUAGGCCACUGUCUCUGGAGUCCAUGGUGGUUGGUAGUCACUGUGUCUGCAACAUGAUCUGGGCUCUGGCCAGUCUUCCUCUUCCAGCCCAUUUUCAGAAGCUGCUUCGUCAGUGUUCCCAGAAAUUCUAUGAUUAUCCCCAUAUCCUUUCACUAAAUUCUUUUCUGCUCACAUCGGCCUGGUCAGUAUCUGUUGCUUACAACCGAGAGCCCUGAUGGGUUCACCCGCCCCUCACAGUGUGGCUCCUGCCCUCCUGCUCCCAUCUCUCCACUGGACAGCUUUCUGAGAAAUCACAUCUACUGCCUCUCUCAGUCCUCCACAUGACCUGUCACCAUAGCGAUUGCAGGUUGACCAUCCACUCCUUCCUCAAACUCCUCCUUUGUGUUUCAUGGAACUGACCACCAGAGAAAUCACUGGUCACUAUUAGUUCUUAAGAUCCCUCUUACCUCCCUAAGAAAUAAAAGUAUGUAGGUAAAACAACCUUGAGCCCCAGAGCUUUGGAGCAGCACAAAUUUUAAAUACUCUGUUCACAUACGGUGCCCUCAUUUUUUGGUUUAAAAUUAUUCUCUAACCCCACAGUGUGAGGGAGGGAUUGGUGUCCUGCCAAGGCAGAACUGCCUUUUACAUGGAAUAGAUUCACUAAGUUGUAUCAGAGUUGAAAAGACAGGAUAAAACAGAACUCCUGAGGCCCCAGGGCACCUCCGAAAGACCUAGACACCCCAGAGGACAGCUUUUAGGUGGUAUAGUGAGGAAACACCUAAGUCCCAGAGGCAAGAAGACGGCAGUGGUCAGCGAGAACAGAAAGACCACAGAAUUAGAUACAUGUUGAUUACUUGUGUGGAGCCUAAUUGUCCUCCUCUUGAGGGUGGGCUGGACAUAGUGAUCUGCUUCUAAAGAACAGAUUAAAGUGGAAGUGACAGUGUGCAGCUUCAGAGACUAGGUCAUAAAAGGCACUGUGGCUUCCUCCUUGCUCUCUUGGAUUGCUUGCUCUGGGGGAAGGUAGCUGCCAUGUUGUGAGGACACUCAAGCACCCUGUGGAGAGGUCCAUGUGGUGAGGAGCCAAGGUCUUGUACCAACAGCCAAUGAAGUAGGCCUGCCAGCAGCCCAUAGAGAACUGAGCCUUCUGCCAAGACAAGAGCCAUUCAUCUUGGAAGUGGAUCCUUCCAAGUCUGUCACAGCCAAGCCUUCAGAGAACUGUAGCCCCAGCUGACACCUUGACUGCAAAUGCCUGGAACCACUCAGCUAGGCUACUCCUCAAUUCCUGACCAAUAGAAACUGUGAGAUAAUAAAUGUUUGUUGUUUCCAGGCA